AUGCCUUCAGUAGCACAGAAAAGCCCCUCCUUUGAAUCGCUGUCCUCUCUUUUUCCUUUGACACUCCCAAUACCGACUCCAGCGACACAUGAAGACCUGGUUACAACUGGAGACCUCCGCCGUGAGGAAGACUUGCUCAGAAAUCCCGAAUCUUUUCGAGCCUGGUGGACCGCAAUUCAGAACACAAGAGAAAACAUAAAUGCCCAGCUAAAGACGGAAAAGCCUUCAGAUUUGCCUGACGAAGUAAGGGCUUUACUUGGCCCACUCGCGUCGCCCCUGGCUAGAAACUCUCUCCAAAGUUUGACGUAUCUCUAUGAAGCUGCCAUUUCUCAGUUCCCUGGUUCAUACAAGCUCUGGAAAGCGUAUCUGCAGGUUAGAAUGUCGUAUGUGCUGGGGAAACUCAAAAUAAAGAAGAGGGCUGGUGGAAGAAAAAAAUUCCCCGAGAUGAAAGACGCGUUGGAGCAAGAGAAAGAGGAUCAGGAAGAAUGGGAAGGUGGUCUUGAUGGAGUGGUCGGUUGGGAAGAAUGGAAAUCUUUAGUCGCUACAUACGAGAGGGCUCUCAUGUGGCUUCCGAAACUACCAAGAUUAUGGCUUUUGUACCUCUCUAUAUUCCAACAUCCUAUGUGCCCCGCUGCAAUAUCAAGUACACACGCACGAAGGACCUUCGACAGAGCUUUGCGCACACUUCCUCCAUCAUUACAUUCACGUAUAUGGGUCCGCUAUCUCAUGUGGGCCGAGUCUCAAGGCGGUUUUACGACAGUAUCGGUAUACCGUCGCUACCUCACCGUUGAUCAAAAUAUGACAGAGUACUAUACUUCAAUUCUUCUUGCGCCCGCGGAUUCUGCUCCUCGACCCCUGGAAGCAGCGAAACUGUUGCUGGGUUUAUCUAGGAAAGCCUCUCUGGGGAAAUACAUCAGUCCAGAAGGAAAGAGUCCGUAUCAGAUACUAGUCGACUUCCUGGAGGUAGUUGAAAGCUUUUCAGAGGAAGUGGGCUUGGAUGUUGAGGAAACCAUUCAGUCCAACGAACUUUUUGCCCAGGCAGAGGCGGAAGCCUUGGAAGCUGCGAAGGAAACCCCGGAAGCUGCUUCGCUUGAUGGUCAGCUCGUACGCGUUGCAGGCCCUCCUGUCACGUUGAAUGCUGACGGGAAACCUAUCCCCCAAUACGACGAGGAUGUGGACCCUACAAGUUCUAGUAAGCUGAACAUUGAGCACAUCGUGCACAAGGACGGCCUGGAUGUAUAUAAGGACCAGGCUGGUCGUCUUUGGACAGGACUAGCAACUUACUGGAUCAAGCGGGGAGAGUUUGACAGAGCAAAGAGUACUUUUGAAGAGGGCAUAGCAUCGGUCAUGACCAUCAGGGAUUUCACACAAAUAUUCGACGCUUACGCAGAGUUUAGCGAGUCCCUUAUCAGCGCUAUGAUGGAAAGUCUGGAGGAUCCUGAUGAAGAGGACGAGGAAGACGCAAAGGAGACUGAACAGGAGCUAGAUGCGAAAAUGAAAGAGUUUGAAGGCUUGAUGGAUAGGAGACCAUUUUUGGUGAAUGAUGUUUUGAUCCGAAGGAAUCCCAACGACGUUCAGGAAUGGGAGAAGAGGGUUGCGCUCUGGGGUGAAGAUGAUGAAAAGGUGGCCGAGACAUACAGGAAAGCUCUGGAGACCAUCAAUCCAAGGAAGGCAACCGCAAAUUUCCACAGGCUUUAUGUGAAUUUCGCAAAGUAUUACGAGGAAGGAGGCGCCAGUGGUUCGGCAGAACCAGACUUGGACAGUGCUCGCAAGGUUCUGGAAAAGGCUACCAAAGUUAACUUUAAAGCCGUGGAAGAUCUCGCCGAAAUCUGGUGUGAGUGGGCUGAGAUGGAGAUCCGCCAGGAGAAUUAUGAUGAUGGUAUUCGAGUAAUGCAACGCGCUGCUGCAAUACCGAAAAAUACAAAGAUCAACUAUCACGAUCAUUCACUAUCUGUACAAACACGUUUAUUCAAAUCUCUGAAGCUGUGGUCGUUUUAUGUUGAUUUGGAAGAAUCACUAGGAACAGUAGAGUCAACCAAAGCCGUCUACGACAAAAUAAUGGAGCUUCGAAUCGCAAAUGCUCAAAUAAUUGUUAAUUAUGCUGCCUUCCUUGAAGAAAAUCAAUAUUGGGAAGACAGCUUCAAAGUGUACGAAAGAGGUACUGAAGUUUUCACUUUCCCUAUAUCUUUCGAGAUAUGGAAUAUCUAUCUGUCCAAGUUCGUAAAACGAUAUGGUGGUUCUAAGCUGGAGCGUGCACGCGAUCUCUUUGAGCAAGCACUAGAAAAAUGUCCCGCAAAAUCAUGCAAACCUCUGUUUUUGAUGUAUGGCCAACUUGAAGAGGAUUUUGGUCUUGCAAAGAGAGCCAUGACUAUCUAUGAACGGGCUACUCAAAUUGUAGCGGAUGAAGACAAAUUCGAGAUGUUCAGCAUUUAUAUCGCGAAGGCCACCGCCAACUAUGGGCUGCCUGCUACCAGGCCUAUCUACGAACGCGCGCUGGAUGUUUUGCCGGACCGCCAAACUGCCGAGAUGUGUCUCCGCUUUGCUGCACUCGAGCGGAAACUAGGUGAAAUUGACCGAGCACGCGCCAUCUACGCCCAUGCUUCACAAUUCUGCGAUCCUCGCGUGAAUCCAAAGUUCUGGUCGGAAUGGAAUAGUUUCGAAAUUGAGACCGGCUCUGAAGAUACUUUCCGCGAGAUGCUUCGUAUCAAACGGAGUGUACAGGCUCAAUUUAACACCGAAGCUUCGUACCUUGCUGCACAGACUAUCUCAGCAAAACAGGGCAAUGGACAAAUUACCGAUGAUAUUGCUUCAGGGGCUACAGAUGCAAUGGCAGCUGCUGAGCAGCAGGCAGGUGGAACGAAUGGCCCAGCUUUCGUUGCAGCCAAGAAAACUGUAUUCCAAAGAGGGGCUGACGCAGUUGAACCUUCGGAGGGUGUUGCGCAGGAAGCAAAUGCAGAGGAGAUACAUAUUUCAGAUGGCGAAGAUUUCUGAAAUUUCAAACUGUAUUAUUCAUUUUUGUUGUUGUGUUAUCUUGUAUUCCACCUUUCUACUUCUGCUGCACAGAUGUCAUCCCAUUCUGCCUCCCAACCACCCUCUUCGAGAUAUUCCUGAUCCAUCCAUUUUGCUAUAGCCUCUCUCGAAACUUCAAAUGUCACAGAAUGGCUGCGAAUGACAUUCACCAAUUCGAUGUGCAUGCUGAGAGAGCGGUGAUAUGCUGGAAGAAUUUGAGGUAUUGAAGACACGAAUUUCUCCAACGACCAAGAGACCCACAUAGGCUCUUGGCACCACUGCCAGCCUUUUAGCUUAUGCGCCUCAAACAGGACCGAUUCCAUGUUUUCGAUGAUGCUAUCCAUUCUAUGAAAUUGCCUCUGAAGUUUGGUUACGACAAGAUCAAGUUCAACAAUGCGUUUCUCCAUGAUUGCGACCCUUGGGCCCACAAUUCGAGUUCGUGGUUCGGCGUCGGCAGGUAUCAAGGCCAGAGCAUUAUCGAGAUCUGUUCUAGUGUCAAUCAAGCUUUGUAAGGCUUUGAGACCAUCUAUCAUGACGAUA